UGCGGUACUUUGUUGCGAUAGGUCGUCACUGGUAGGUGGAUAUACUUUGCUACAACAGGUUUCUGUUGACUAUACAUCAUCUUAGCAGAUUCUUGUUUGAAGCAGACACACAUUCUUUCGAUACAUGAUAUGUCUUUGUGACAUGUCACGGCUGUGGAAAAUCAUUUUAGACUGAAGUUCAUUGCAACAGCUUGUUUUAUUUCUCGCAGUGCAACAUUGUUUUCCACUAAAAUACGGACCUGCAAUAUAUGUCAUUCCUGUUUAUGUUACAUCGCCGCAUUGGAACAUUGUUUUGGGAUAAAAUAUGUUCAUUUCAUAGACGUUCUUUAUUGUUUGUUUUGGGUGAUUUUUAAUAAUAAUAAUUAUUAUUUAAACAAACGUCUCGGAGAAAAAACCCCAAAUAUGAAAUACGACGAUAUUCUGGUGGAGUUGGGGGAGUUUGGCUCGUACCAAAGAAGGAUCUAUAUUCUUGUGAGUCUGCCUGUUCUCUUUGGUGCCAUGCAUAUUGUGUCCAGUGUUUUCAUAUUGGCAUCACCCAAGCACAGAUGUGCUCUGCCUGGGAUGCUGAACGACACCUACGCCGUGCAGGGCGUAUAUCACGAGACGUUGCUGAACGUCAGCAUACCACGUGACGGCGACGCGUUCUCCGACUGCUUUCUAUACAGCAACUCCGAUGAUUCUCAAGCCAACAAGACCCAAGUGGCGUGUGACAGAUACGUGUACGACCAGUCAGUGUUUGAAUCAACCAUUAUCACCAAACUGAACCUCGUGUGUCAUCGACGACCUCUGGUUGCCCACGCCACGAUGAUUUUGUUUGCCGGUCUUCUCGUUGCUUCACUACUACUAGGAUUACUCUCUGACCUAAUAGGGCGGAAAAAAACGUACCUGAUUGCACUAGCUAUCCAGGUCGGUUCAGGCAUUGGGUUGGCCUUCGUUGAUAACUACACUGCAUUUGUCGCCCUUAGAUUUCUCAUAGGUGGCUCCAGCAUAGCCACUGGGAUGUGUAUGUUUGUGAUCGGUAUAGAGUUGGUGGGGCCUAACAAACGGUCGUUUGCUGGUGUCGCCAUAUGGUUCCUGUGGGUGGCAGGACUCGUCCUGCUUGGAAUCCUGGGAUAUCUGAUCAGGGACUGGAAGACUCUUCAGCUUGUGAUCUCCGUCCCUCCCAUCGCUUUCUUCUCCUACUGGUGGCUUAUCCCCGAGUCCCCGCGGUGGCUGGUGUCCAAGGGACGCUACGAAGAAGCGAUGAAGAUCAUCAGCAAGGCGGCUAGGGUGAACAAGGUGGAACUGUCCCCCAAGUGUUCCAACCUAGAGAACAUAGAACAGGAGAAGGAGGAGAAGUUCUGGCACAUGUUCACCUCCCCCAUCCUCAUCUUCCGCACCCUCAUCAUCUUCGUCAACUGGCUCAUCGUCACCAUGAUCUAUUACGGCCUCACGUUGAACGUCGGCAGCCUGGUGGGUGACAUCUACGUCAACUAUCAGAUCGGCAAUGCCGUGGAGCUGGUCUCGUACGCCAUCAUCAUCCCCAUGCUGGACAAAAUGGGCCGUAAGGCGGCGCACUGCUCCACCAUGAUCAUCGGCGGAGUCGCCUGCAUCUUGACCAUGUUCCCAGUCAUGUACGGAAAUUCAUCUCACAGCUGGAUCACAGUUACGCUGUCUAUGAUUGGAAGAUUUGGUGCAACAGCCGCCUUUGCCGCCAUUUACGUGUUUUCCGCCGAACUCUUCCCAACACCGCUGCGCAACUCUGCCAUGGGAGCCAGUUCAUUAUGCGGUCGCGUUGGUGGUAUGAUAUCUCCAUAUAUAGCCGACCUGGGCACUCUUGUGAGCGGAAACUGGAGUAAAGCGCUGCCACUGGUGGUGUUUGGUGGUCUCACUUGUCUGGCAGGAAUUAUGUCCCUUCUGCUGCCAGAAACCAACAACAGAACCAUGCCCGAGACGAUCGCCGAUGCCAGAAGAUUUGGAAGAUCAGAAAAGAAAAAUGUCUAUGAGAUGGAUAUUCCUCCCCCAGAUGAACAUGAAAACGAGAAGGCGUACCCACUACAAUACAUUCCAAAGUCUGACAUACCAGAAAAAUUCUGAUCAUACCCAGCAGAUGUUUUAUGAACUCAGAAAUAUUAAGCUUUGUUCACACAGUGCUAUUUGUAGAAACGAUCGGCAUCCUGGGUUUUAAGAUUAGAACUUUAAUAGUAGCAGUAGUGUCGUUAAGAGCGGUGGGGAGGGUGGCAGUUACCCUUCUCCCCACCCUUAGGUUAUUUUAGUCUUUCUUUAGAAUAUACUCUCUAUUACUGUCCUCUGGGGCCCAUUUCACUAAACAUCGUAAGUUUACGUCUGCUACUAGCAGUUAUACCAUACCUAUCAUGCAUUUGCACGUGUCUGGUGUAUUUUGUGCUGGGGUAUCGUUAAACAUUCAUUCAUUCAUUGCACGUGUCUGGCAUCAAUCUCACGCAGAAAAUUACAUCAUUACGGAAGCUGGAGUAUUUUAAAGACAAACGAACAUGAAAUACUAGCAUGUGUUCUUCUAACUAUAUGUGUUCAACUACAACAGUAAUAAGAAUUGUGGUUUAGUCGUAGUUUUACGUCUACGUGCAAAACGAGGCUUACGAUGUUUUGUGAAAUUGAUUCAUAUUAAUCCCCUACUUGUCCAAUCGGAAGGGACUAUAAGUAUCGCCUACUGCCUUUUGUCUUUCUUUCUGUCCGAAUGUCCCACAUAUAGUUUUCCGGAUUAUUAUUUUUUUAAAUUUGUAUAUAGCUUCAUCAUGUAUUGUGAUUUCAUGUCAAUUUACCUAUUUUUGACAGAGUUAUGACUCUUUGAACGGACAGGGGCAGGACGUAGCCCAGUGGUAAAGCGUUCUCUUGAUGCGCGGUUGGUUUAGGAUCGAUCCCCGUCAGUGGUCCUGUUGGG